AUGGCCUCUCUUUUCGCCUCCUCUCAUAGUACAAAUACACCCUCCUCUGGUCGCCAGCCGCUACCUGCGAAAUCUACUCCAGUCGAUCUUGCGUCUCUUCAGAACGCGAGCAGAGUCUUAUUCGAUCAAAUCACCAAGGAUGCCCAAAUUAUCCCCGACAUCGGUGACACCCUCAACACUCCGGCGUCUGCCUCGUAUAGCGUGUUCCCCGAUGAUAUUCGAGUUCCUUACCAGAAAAGAAGAUUCGUAGGAAUCCCCGAGGGCCUCUUCCAAUACUAUGACAGUGCAAGCGUCACUUCUCACAUGGGGUUAAUGCCAGAAAUUGAACGUGUUUGGAUUUCGAUUGAUCACAAACUCUUUCUAUGGGACUAUAAUGACGGUCAAGAAAUAGCUUCCUUCGUUGACCAACCUGAUGUCAUCACCCACGUCGCCCUCGUCAAACCGAAACGAGGACUCUUCAUUGACGACAUCACCUCUCUUCUUGUUAUUUGUACACCAAUAUCUGUACUCCUCAUUGGGCUUUCUGUAUCUUCUCGCACUGGACAGGACAACCGAUCUCACAACGACAUCAAACUCUACGCCACCGACCUUAGCAUACCUUCUGACGUUGAGAUGACAUCUGUCGUUGGCAUGUCUGACGGCCGAAUAUUUAUGUGUGGAUCACAAGAUGGAAAUUUGUACGAACUUCAUUAUCAAGAAAGUGAAGGAUGGUUUGGCAAGCGCGUCCAACUCAUCAACCACUCCGUCGGAGGGAUGCAGAGUCUUCUGCCUCGAUUCGCAGCAUCGACAACAGAGGAUCGCAUCGUCGCAAUCGUCGCCGACACCCCCAGAAACUGCUUCUAUACCUUGACGUCUCGAAAUACCAUCUCAAUUUACAAACCUGGUGGCGACAAGUCACUCCAACAUAUUCAAACUCUGUCGAACCUUUACAAAUCUGCGCAAGAUAAAGCACCUGGCUCGGCUGCCCUCACUCCCAAAAAUUUCCAGAUCGUCUCCUUACAUGUUAUCUCACAAGCGGAGUCACGCAGCGGAGUCCAACUUUUUGCCACUACCACUAACGGAGUGCGGCUUUAUUUCUCCCCAUCUAUGUCAUAUAACUACUCCCAUGGGUCCAUCUCAAAUGCCUCGGGGUCGCGAACACUCCAGCUCAUCCACGUCAGACUACCUCCAUCCAACCUAAUUCACCCUGAUGAACAAGCCAAUCCGUAUCGCCCACCUGUUGCAAUGUAUGGCGCUCCGCCAGUGGCUACACAGCCUACGAGUAGGCCAUACGUCGUGUCAUCGAUCGACAGUUCAUGCUAUAUUGACGGUUUAACAAUCGCGGCUCAACAAGGUGACAGCGACGGGACCGACUAUAUUCUUUGUUUAGCUCCUGAUCUUACUCGAAUUGGCACUCUUGGUCAAUUGAAUCUGCCGCAGCAGCCCCAACAGCAGUACGCGACAGGUUAUGGGUCAUAUGGUGGUGCACCUAGCACAAGUCGAGCUCCUUUGACAGAAUAUGCUACUCUUUUGGCUAUCCCUGGAAGAACCUGGGCAAUGGCAUCUGUCAUAAAUUCAUCACUGGCGACAUCUUCUGCGGCCCCAUCUCCUUCAGUGAUAAACGAACUAGCAAGGCAAUUUGGAGAGCCCGCCCAACAAUUCAUGAUAUUGACAAAUGUGGGUUUAACGUUCCUUAUAAAACGACGGGACGUCGAUUAUUUGAAAGCGGUGCUUGAAGAAUUGCAAGCUGAAGGGAAUGUGCAACCAAUCAUUGAAUUCCGCGAUAGCUUCGGAAGAGACCAAACGUGCUCCAUGCUGCUAGGGCUCGCAAGUGGUAACACAUAUUUUGAUUCCGUAGAUGGCCAGUCCACAGGCACCAUCAGUAUGGUCAGUCCAGAGAUAGCCGGCGUAGCUAAGCAAGCGUUCUAUGACUUCGGAGAACGCCCUAUCUGGACAGAAAGAGUCACCUAUGGAACGGCGGAGAACACAGGUACGGCAAUAUUUAGUGGGCGUCGUGAAGGCUUAGCUAUCUACUUUUCACGACUUAUCCGCCCAUUGUGGAAAUCAAAGAUUGCGCAACCAAGUGUUGCCGGUCAGCAACAGCUGGCUGUAUCGGAAACCCUCCUGAUCAAUGUUCAGAAAAAUCUAUACGCCUUGAAGGACUUUCUGGAUAAAAAUCCCCACCUCUUCCAUUCGUCCCCUAGUGAACCCACAUCAAACAGGACGACCGUUGCCGAUCAAGAAGCUUGGAAAGCUGAACAGGUAUCCGUUUCUGAAAUACAAGCUCUUCUCACAAGAACGAUUGAGGCUUUAUCAUUCGUCCUGCUGUUGAAUGACUAUCGACUUGGAGACCUGAUCUCGCACUGUGAAGCUGAGAUUCAAAAGCUCAUCGCCUCCCAAACCUUUGAGGAUCUUAUAACAACUCAAAAUGGAAUGACAAUAUCUAGAGCUCUAGUCAACGUUGUUAUCGAUCAGCAAAUCGGGCAACAGAUCAGUGUGAGUUGGUUGCACAAUAGGCUCCCAGUCGGCACUGAGGCCCUACAGAUCGACACCAUCAGCGAGGUUCUUCAGCAGCGGUGUGGGUCAUUCUGCAGCACCGACGAUGUCAUGCUUUACAAGGCGAAAGAGAAUGUAAGAAAGGCUUCCGAAACCCGUAGCACAGCUGAACGGCAGAAAUGGUUGGCUGAAGCAUUGAGACUAUUCAUCAAAGGUGCUAGGAUUCUUGAGUUUGAGAAAUUACGAGAGAUUUGCGGGGAUUUCCAACAAUUGAACUACGCCAAAGGUGCGAUUUGCCUGCCGCUGGUUUGCGCUCAGUUGCAUGACCCAGACAAUGCCGGUCUUGAAUAUUGGCAUGCUGCACUCCCUUCAACCGACCCACGCCGCGAACUUGCUGAACAACGAUUGCGAUGUUACGACCUGGUCAUGGACUCCCUCACAACCUUUGAGGGCAAAUGCACAGCCGUGAAACCGACAAUUUCGGACAAUGCUUUGGUCUCCGAUGAUCCAGAGACCGUUCGAAGUCAUGCCUAUGAGCUUGCUUUUGGAAGCGAGGAUGAGAUGUUCCAUUCGACACUUUAUGAUUGGUUGAUUGAACGCAAUUUGGCUGAUGAUCUUCUUGAGAUGAGACCGGCCUUCCUUGAAGCACAUCUCAGACGAGAGCCAAUCACUGUGCAGAAAUACCAGCUUCUUUGGCAAUUCUAUGUGAAAAACGGACAGCCACUGAGGGCCGCUGAAGUUUUGGGAGCUUUGGCUGAGUCAACACAGUUCGACCUCCACCUUGAUGCGAGGCUGGAAUACCUCACUCUUGCGGUGGCGAACGCGAAGUCGCACCCAAUUUCGGCUGGUGGACGACACGAAACUGCAAUUGCCUUCCUUACAGAUCUCGAAGAAAAGCUUGAUGUAGCUCAAGUUCAGCUGGAGAUCUAUAAUCAACUUCUUCCCCACGUUGACGACGCACGAGAGGUUGGGGAACGAAUAAGUUUACUGUCGAAAAGGCUGUUCACGAUGACCGAGCUCUAUCAAGGUUAUGCUGUGACAUUUGAUCUUCCUGCCAUAAAACUUCUCUGUUUGCACGUCUCUGAGCAUCAAGACGAAAGCGUCGUCAAACCCAUUUGGAACCAAAUAUUUGACGAGAUUUUAAAUGAAUCUCCAGAUGUUGUGGCACAGUCAGAUCUCAUCCUGGCAAAAGUUGUGCAACUAGGUCAACGCUUUUAUCCAUCGGAGAGUGCAUUCCCGCUUCGUCUCGUGGCCACUCUGCUCGUCCGCUUCAUGCUGUCAAACAAAGGUACAGUACCCUUAGGUUGGUCGCCCAGAAUAUUGGUCCAAUGUGGGGUUCCAUUUGUCGAAGUGUGGGACGUAUUCCACGAGAUGUAUGAAUCUCAAGUUCCACCUUUCAACGAUCAAGCGAAUGUCCAGGCAAUUUCGUCAGAAAUUGCUGUUUUAUUUUCAGAUUGGCUCGGUGAAGCGAUGCGGCCUCAAUCAUCGACUCUCCGAGCUGAAUUUCCUGUUGGACGUGUUGAUCUUGCCGUUGACCAGUAUAUGGCCGAGUUGGAACCAAGUCGUACCGAAACAAGAACGACAUAUGAAAACGUCAAGCGGCAGCUCAGACGGUACUGGUAG